AAGCCAUUUUUGCUUUUUUUCGCCGCUUGCUCGGAAAAGUGCGUGCAGUUUCGAUAGUUUGCACCGCGUUGCAGAUUGCUGAAAUCGACCGGAAUCGCAUCGAACCAUGUCGAUCGGAGUUCCAAUCAAGGUGUUGCACGAGGCCGAGGGCCACAUCGUAACGUGCGAAACCAUCACGGGCGAGGUGUACCGCGGGAAGCUGAUAGAGGCUGAGGACAACAUGAACUGCCAGAUGACCCAGGUCAGCGUGACCUACCGCGAUGGCCGACCGGGAAAGCUGGAAAAUGUGUACAUCCGUGGCUCCAAGAUCCGCUUCCUCAUCCUGCCGGACAUGCUGAAGAAUGCGCCCAUGUUCAAGAAGCAGGGCGCCAAAACGGGCACUGCCGGUCGAGGCAAAUCGGCGAUCCUUCGAGCGCAAGCCGCACGCGGAAGAGGUCGCGGGACGGGCGGUGGCGGUGGCGGUGGUGGCGGUCGUAGCGGCAACAAAGGCAACUGGCAGGGCGGUCAAGGACAACAAUCUUCCGGCCGUGGACGCGGUGGAUUGUAGAACCGCAUUCAUCGGAAGGCACGUAGGUUAAGGUCCAAAUGAUUUACUUUUAAGGCGAUCCGGGGCAGACGGAAGGGAGCGUGCGGACAGAAGUCCACAAUCUGUAGCCAUUACAUCUCCAGAUGUAGCUGACCUGUAAUUUCUUUCUGAUUCGAAUAUGUUCCCGUGGAAAUAAAUAUCAAUUGUCCUCAAGAAUUGUUCAUCCCAAGAA